GGAGCCGCAUUUAAAGUUAAAAGGAGCACAACUUUCGAGGAUCAAUAUUAAGUGCGAACCACUCGUAGCUGUAUAAAGUCUCGCGUAGGGAACAAUCGUUUAAACGUGCCUGUCGGGUUUUGUUUACCUCGACAUGUUGGCUCCUAUGAAACUGGGCACAUUUAGUCGCAGACACAGCGGCGGCACGCGCUGGAGCUCUGCUGAACCAUGUUCCUGCGCGAACCCGAACGCCCCACUACCGGCGACUGGGGCUUCACAUCCUGCUUCACGUUCGGCUCCUCUUCCCGUCUCGUAGUGAUAUGGCUAAAACGGAAAAGUUGUUGUUUACUACUGUACCUCGAAGACGGACGACGUUCGACCUGCAGGGAUGAAGACGCCGUGAAAGCUGAAUGUGGAGCAGAGACGAGCGGCUCGGCCUCCGCUGCCGUCAUGGAGCGCUUCCACUGGGUGCAGCAUCGCUGCCAGCAGCUGCUGCUGAGAGGCUCCGAGCGGGGCAGGUACGCUGCCCCCGAGGGCCUGGCCAAAAGCCCCUCCCAGGACAACCCUUACUGCUCAUACAGCAGCGGGAAGCGGCGCGCCGUGUUGUCCCGCCACGGGCCUCACCAACAGGAAAGUGAAGCCAUCCUCAGGAACUACAAGGGCAACGCCAUCCGCACCACCAAGUACAGCCUGCUCACCUUCAUCCCCAUGAACCUGUUUGAGCAGUUUCACAGGGCGGCCAACCUCUACUUCUUGUUCCUGGCGUUACUCAACUGGGUGCCAGUGGUUGAAGCCUUUCAGAAGGAAAUCACCAUGAUCCCACUCCUUGUGGUUCUUAUUGUUAUUGGCAUCAAAGAUGCGCUAGAAGAUUACAGACGUUACUUGUUUGAUAAAAAGGUCAACAACAACGUGGUGCAAGUUUUCUGUGGCAAACAGAAAGCAUACGUCGAGCGGCGCUGGAAGAACGUGCAGGUCGGCGACUUUGUCCGUCUGUCCUGUAACGAGAUCAUCCCUGCUGACAUGCUGCUGUUGUUCUCCUCUGACCCCCGUGGGGUGUGUUACAUUGAGACAGCCAACCUGGAUGGAGAGACCAACCUGAAGCAGAAGCAGGUGGUGUCAGACCUCCCGUUUCAGGGAGAGUUUACUCCUGAGAGCUUCCACAGUCGCAUUGAGUGCGAGAACCCUAACAAUGACCUCAGCAGGUUUAGAGGCUACAUGGAGCACUCCAACGGCGCUCGUGUUGGUCUCCAUAACAACAACCUCCUGCUGAGGAGCUGCACAAUUAGAAACACUGAGACUGUGGUCGGCAUCGUGGUUUACGCUGGCCACGAAACCAAAGCCAUGAUGAACAACAGUGGGCCGCGGUACAAGCGCAGCCGCCUUGAGAAGCGUCUGAACACCGACGUUCUGUGGUGUGUGCUUCUGCUCGUCGUCAUGUGUCUGACUGCUGCCGUAGGUCACGGCCUGUGGCUGAAGGACCACAGAGACCCCGUGUUCCAGAUCGAUGGGGAGACGUCUCCUGCUUUAGCUGGAUUCUAUGUCUUCUGGACCAUGAUCAUUGUCCUUCAGGUGCUGAUCCCAAUCUCACUAUAUGUGUCAAUUGAGAUUGUCAAACUGGGACAAGUCUACUUCAUCCAAAACGACUUGGCCCUGUACAAUGAGCAGCUGGACUCCAGGAUCCAGUGCCGGGCUCUCAACAUCACAGAGGACCUGGGUCAGAUCCAGUACCUUUUCUCCGAUAAGACGGGCACGCUGACCGAGAACAAGAUGGUGUUCCGCCGCUGCAGCAUCUACGGAGUCGAAUAUCCUCAUGAGGAGAAUGCGCGGAGGCUGGACGUGUACGAGGAGGAAGCCAACGCAGCAGGUCCCUCCAUGACGCUCCGGUCCGGCUGCAGCGGGAAGUCCCGCAGCUGCCGCUCCCUCAGCUGCACCCGCAGCUCAGUGUCUCUGCACACGCUGACCGCCGAGUCUGAGGAGGAGGAGGAGGAGGAGCAGACGUCCACUCACAUCCUGUCCAGGACCAGCGCUUUCCUCAACCACAUGGCUAGGGACGUGAUACCAGACCCUGAGCUGAUGAGGAAGUUCCACUGCGUUCAUUCCCCUGAGAGCUCCCUGGCGUCGUCCUCCAGCCUGGAGCUCACCUACAUCACCGACUUCUUUCUAGCUCUCGCCAUCUGCAACAGUGUAGUGGUCUCCUCCCCCAGACACCGCCAGGAUGCCGAAUGUGAAGCAGCAGCACCUCUGAAGUCCCUGGAGGACAUCAAGCGGAUGUUCCACCACUUCGGCUUCUCUCCUUUAUCAGCCCUCUCCAGCCUCUCUCCCCCCCAGAUCAAAAGCAGCCCCAAUAACCUCAGCAGCAAGCCGUGCACCCACGGCAGGACAGGUGCCUCCACCGGGUCCUCGCCUCCCAGCACCACUGAGGACCCGGAAAGCAACCUGGAAGGCUCCGAUCCAGAAGGCAGAGGUCAGGGAGCUGAUGCUGGGCAGCUGAAGGACCGGGAGGCAGACGAUGAUGUCAGCACUGCCAAGGUGGAGGCUGCAGACCCGCCCGGAGCCGACGACGACCUGGUGUAUGAGGCGGAAAGCCCAGACGAGGCGGCUCUGGUGCACGCAGCCCGGGCUUACUCCUGCACGCUGAGGGGCCGGUCGGCACAAAGCCUGCUGGUGGACCUGCCAGGAGUCGGACCUCUGGCUGUUCAGCUGCUUCACAUCCUGCCCUUCGAUUCCAACAGGAAGAGGAUGUCGAUAGUGGUUCGCCACCCGAUCACAGGGCAGGUGGUGGUUUACACCAAGGGAGCUGACUGCGUGAUCAUGGACCUCGCUGAGAGGCCGACCGGUCUAGAGCUCAGCGCUCGGGAGAUCUACACACACAUCAGAGAACAAACCCAGCGACAUCUAGACAGCUACGCCAGCGAAGGCCUGCGCACACUCUGCAUCGCAAAGAAGGUUUUGGAGGAGGAGGAGUAUGAAGUGUGGCUAAAGAAGCAGCUGCUGGCUGAGAGCAGCAUAGAGAACAGAGAGGAGCUGAUGCUGGAGUCGGCCCAGAGGCUGGAGACCAACCUGACCCUGCUAGGGGCCACGGGGAUCGUGGACCGGCUGCAGGAGGAGGUUCCGGAGACCAUUGAGGCGCUGCAGAGGGCUGGGGUCAAAGUGUGGGUUCUCACCGGGGACAAGCAGGAGACCGCCAUCAACAUCGCCCAUUCCUGUAAACUGCUGUGUCCCAACGACCAGCUGCUGACAGUCAACUGUGACAGCAAGGACGCGUGCGUAGCAUUGCUGGCAGAGCUGAAGCACCAGCACGGCGGCGCCGGCGGCGGCUCGGCUGCAGCGGGGGGUCCGGAGGACGGCCUGCCCAGCUCCAUCCUGGUGGUGGACGGCCGCACGCUCGGCUGGGCCCUGCAGGACGAGCUGAGCAGCCACUUCCUGGAGCUCAGCUCCGCGUGCAAGGCAGUGAUCUGCUGCAGGUCCACUCCGCUGCAGAAGAGCCAGGUGGUCCGGCUGAUCCGGGACCAGCUGCGUGUCAUUACCCUGGCUGUGGGUGAUGGAGCCAAUGAUGUGAGCAUGAUUCAGACCGCGGACGUGGGCAUCGGUAUAUCGGGUCAGGAGGGGAUGCAGGCCGUCAUGUCCAGUGACUUCGCCAUCUCCAGGUUCAAACACCUCAGCAAGCUGCUGCUUGUUCACGGCCACUGGUGUCACUGCCGCCUCGCCAACAUGGUUCUGUACUUCAUCUACAAAAACGUGAUGUAUGGGAAUCUGCUGUUCUGGUAUCAGUUCUUCUGCGGUUUCUCUGGGAGCGUCAUGACCAACUCCUGGGUCCUCAUCCUCUUCAACCUGCUCUUCACCUCUGUUCCUCCUCUGAUCUAUGGAGUCCUGGACCAGGACGCGUCUGCAGACGCCCUGAUGUGUCUGCCUGAGGUCUACACACACACGUCCAAGGUCUACGCGCCCCGCGUGUUCUGGAUCACGCUUCUGGACGCGUUCUACCAGAGCCUGGUCUGCUUCUUCGUGCCUUACUUUGCUUUAGCAGGUUCAGAGGUCGCCGAGUUGUCGCUGGGCUCCUCCAUUAAUGCCUCGGCUCUGCUCAUCAUCCUGCUGCAUCAAGUCCUGGAGAGUCACACUCUGACAUGGAUCCAUGCUGUGGUGCUGCUUCUGAGUGGGGCCUCCUACUUUGGCUUCGUCCUGCUCUUCAGCGUGGUGUGUGUGACCUGCAGCCCCCCAACCAACCCUGUGGGUGUGGAGACCCUUCAGAUGUCCCAGCCGCUCUUUUACACCAUAUGUGCUUUAACGACUGUGGUGGCUUUGUUGCCCAGACUGUUCUUCAGGGUUCUACACAACACCUUACACCCGUCUGCUGUUCUGAAGUCCGCUCAAAUGGACGCUGUGGACUCGGAGAUGUACCGCAGGAGGAUGGAACGCUGGAACCAGCACGAGGCCGGAGUCAGGCCCGACCUCAGGCCCAGCGCAGCCUCAGCCGCGUCCUGCAGGACUUGACCCACACUCCCACAAUAACAUCCAUCUGAGUUUGGAUCCAAAAAGUCGUGUUUCUAUAAGGACCAUCACCUCAGUCGAGGACAGCACCACACGGCAUCUCCUCACGUCGGCCCUGGAGCCGGGCACGUGAUGUCGGUGUGGGGAAUCUCAGGGAUUCCUGUUCCUGUUUGUGCAGCUCAUCCAUCAUCCAUCAGAUGUCCAGGAUACGGUGUGAGCGCGCUCAGUGCAUUUCUGGGUAGCUUCCCUCCAUAUCCAGCACACUGACUUCCUCCCAGCCAACAGAACCUGUUCAAAGGCUCUUUACCACUGCCAC